UCGAUCGCGUCCUUGCUCAGUCCAAAAUGGGGUACUGGGAUAUACCAGAGGGCACAGGCUGUGUCGAAAAAACAUGGAUCACAACCAAACUAGCCACGGCUUUGGGCCUGGUUGGUUCAGCCUAUCACAUAUUGGCAUUCCAGCCUGAUUCUGCAUUGGCAGCACUACAGAGGGCUGGCAACACGACGGUUACCAUGGCCUCCAUGGGAGCCAUCUUCGGCAUGGCCACUUGUCUAAGUGGUCAGGCCCGGGAAGCCCCAGAUGAACCGCUGAACUACUUCAUCGGAGGCUGUGCCUCUGGGAUCUUCCUGGGAGCCAGGACCCACAGUGCUAUGACCGGUACAACAGCGUGUCUGGGUCUGGGCACGCUGGCCUUCUUCACUAAAGUGGGCAAGAUGGAGGGAUGGAAGGUAGCUGGACCCCCCAAACUAUGAAGAGGAGGAUGGCUGUACAUUUAACUAUGUUGUAAAAAGAGUUCAUGUAAUAAAGUUAUUGUGAAAUAAAC